AUGCUGAGGUCUCGUCGCUCUACCAGCCCCAUCAGAGGGGCAUCAACCAACUGGAGUCCCACCAGACACUCACCAGUUAAAGGUGGCACGUAUGACUCAGAGCUGAUGAGGAUUUUACGAGAAAGAGAUGAGUUGCAGAACAUGUUGGAGAAGUAUGAGCGUCACAUCUCAGAGAUCCAAAGCAAUGUUAAAGUUCUCACUGCUGAACGGGACAAAACCAGAAUGCACUAUCAGCAGGCUCAAGAGGAAAUAGCAAAUCUACGGCGAGAGGUGAUGAAGUCAAAGGUGGUGCGAGGGCGCAAGAGCAGUGUGACCGCUCAGAGUGUUCUAAAACGACUGGAAGCUGAACGGGAUGAGGCUACAGCAGACCUCCAUCGCAUGAGUACAGAGAGAGAUAGUCUGAGAGAGAGACUCAAGAUCUCUCAGGAGACGGCCAUCAGUGAGAGAGCUCACCUGGAGCAGAGGGUGGAGGACCUGCAGGCUGCUGUACUCACACUGGAGCAGGAAAGGGGGGAACAGAAGAGCAGGCAAGUUCAGAUGAGGGAGACAAUAAUUGGUCUGGAGGAGGAAGUUCACACACUUGCCAGAAAACUCAAUUCCAGUCAUGAGGAGCUCAGCCACAUGAGGAAUGAGUGCAGUAGCCGCAGACUAACAAAUAAUCAGAUGGAAAGUUCUCUGAGUGAGAAUCAACGGAGACUGACAAGCAGGAUUGGAGAGCUGCAAAACGUUCAGGAGAAAAACAAACUGCUGGAUGAAAAGAAUGAGUCUCUGGCAUGGCAGGUGACUGCUCUGUGUGAAGAUGUAAGCAUUCUGCAGGGGAGAAUCUCAGAGCUGGACCAGCACAGAAACACACUGCAGGUGCAGUUGGAGAAGAAGACUGAUCUGCUCUGUAGAGCAAAUAAUCAACUGGAUGAAAAGGAGAAAACCAUCAGGAGUGUGAAGUUAAGAUCUGAGGAUCUUGAGACAACUCUGAUAGCUCAGAAGGAGACUGUGGUUGGCAGAGAAAGAGAGCUGGAUGUUCUGAGGAGGAAGUUGUCAGACUCUGAAAAGGAGGUGGUCACAGUGAUGAAAGUCAAAGAUAACAUGUUGCAGGAGAAUAUUAUGCUCAGGGACAACCUCGACAGAGCACAUCUAUACAACCAGGCUCUACAGCUCAAGCUGGAUGAAGCUAAUCAGAAAAUAGAAGACUUACAGGGAAAAGUACAAGAUCACAUUGCUAACAUCUCACGCGCUGAAGAUUUACUGUCUGCUAAGGGGUGUGAAUCAAGGGAUUUGCAAGAGUCUCGCAGGAAAGCAUCUCUUCAGGCAGAGAGCUGGGAGAAACAGGCCAAACAGUCUGAAAUAACCAUCACAAAACUCCGUCUUGACCUUCGGAACUCUAACUCAGAGAUACUCCGACUCAAAGAAAGAGCAGACAGCCUAGAGAUCAGCCUACAAGAGGCAUUGAGUGCAGAGCAAAACUGUAAUGGUCAGCUAUCUCAGCUGAACCGAAAGCUCAUUCACUCGGAGGAAGAUUUUCAGCAAGCUCAGACUGAGCACGCACAGGUGCAGACUGACCUAGAAAAAACGAGAAAGCUGUGUAUCAAACUGGAUGCAAGCAAAGAGGCUGUGCAGCAUGAGCUGGAGUCAUGCCAUUCAGAGGUAGAACAGUUGCAGAAGCAGUUGGCCAGUGAACGUCUCUCUGUUAAGAGUCUGGAGAGCCUGCUGAUGUCUGCACGAGAAAAGGAGCUGCAGAGACAACUUACUUCUCGGGAAAGACAGACUGAAAUACAAUUAAUGAAGGACAUACUCAGUAUGGAUGACAACAAAGUAAGUAGUCAGAGUAGGGAAAUGGCUCAGUUGAGGACACGAUCAGCCCAGCUGGAGGCAGAUCUUGAUUCGACCAAGAGACACCUGUCCACUGAGCGCUUUGACAGGGAGCAUGCAGUACAGGAGUUGCACAGGCAGGGUCUCUCAGCUAUAUCUCCUGUCCUUUCCUCCACUAUGCGCUCAUCAUCCCCUUCCCAUCGUCGCUCUCUGAGCCUUCAUAGAUCCUGGUCUCCAGAACACUCUCAUCACAACAUACAUGACCCUCUGCUUCAGUCACACUAUCACGAAAGGAGUCUGACUUUCAGGGAACUUUAUGGCUGA